UACAAACUAAACGUAUUAAAAACAAGAAGAAAAAGAAAAGAAACAAUGGCAGGAAGAAUUAAGAGCCUAGUUAGCUCCCUUCCCAAGUUUGGGCAUGCUGGUGCAACCAUUGCUAGGGCUCGUGUAUGGAACCCUAGGGUUUUUGCAGCUGUUACCCCUAGGCCUAUCCAAGUACCACCCCAUAAUAAUAAGGCAGAAGGCACAGCACCUGGUACUGAUGGCAUGACGAGGCAAGAAACAACUGAAACUGUUUUUAACAGCAUGAAUGAUACUACCCAGCAAGACAAGUCUUAUUCCACAGCUGAACAUGUGGCACACAGGGCAGUAGACAAGGCAGGAGAAAUGGCAAAUCAAGUGUCACAAACAGCACAAAACAUAAGUGAGAAAGCAAAACAAACAAUGCAAGAAGCAUGGGACACAACAAAGAGCACAGCCAAUAGGGCAGCAGCACAUACCAUCACUGAUAAGGCAAAGCAAACCAUGCAAGAUGCUUGGGCAUCUACCCGCAACUCUGCUAAUAGGGCUGCUGAUUCUGUUCUUGAAAAGGCUCAAGAUUCUGCUGAUGCUGUCAAGGAAAAUGCUGAGGCUAUAAGGAGGAACAUCAAGAAGAACUAACUCAUUUUAUAUACCCAUCUAUCUAUACACAUGCUAGUGGCAUUUUGCUAUUUAGACAACCUUUUCUUUUUCAUUUUCUUAUUUUUUCUUGGCACCAAUUGUGAGAAGAUUAGAUGUGUCUUCCCUGUGCCUUUGAUUUGAAACAAUUAAAAAAUGUCAUUGUUUCAAUCACCAAUAAA